CUUGGGAAUAAAUAAGGUUUUUUAAAUUGAAAUGAAUCGUUGUAUACUUCCGGCCAGCAGGGGGCGACAUGCUGCAUCAUGUUCCGUCAUCAAAUCCGUAGAAGAAGAAGGACGAAGAUGGAGCGAAAACAAAGAGGUUCCUGCAUGUUUUGGUAAAGAACCGAACAGAACCGCAGUUCGGCCGGAAGUUCGGUUCUACUUCUUCAUGUCUGAGGAAGCUUCACGAGCCAAGCAUGGCCUGGAGGAGGAAGAGGAGGGCGAAGGAGUGGAGGGAGGUGAAGAAGAAGGUGGAGGAAGAGGAGAUGUUUCCAUGGAAACCCCCAGUGCUCCAGUUUACUGUACCUGCAGGAAACCAGACAUCAACUGUUUCAUGAUAGGCUGCGACAGCUGCACCGAGUGGUUCCACGGCAACUGUAUCGGCAUUUCAGAGAAAGCAGCCAAAGCCAUCAGAGUGUGGUACUGUCCGUCCUGCAGAGACAGAGAACCAUCCCUAGAGAUUAAAUACCGACAGAAGAAGACUAAAGAGAGGGACGACAAAGAGGCGGAGCCUGACAGAGCUGAUAAAAGUGAUGGCGACAGAAGCUCCACCCCGCAGUCCAAGAUUGACAGAAGGCGGGGCUCUCAGAUCAAGCGUUCAGCCCGGAUGUGCGGCGAGUGUGACGCCUGUCUGAGGACAGAGGACUGCGCUCAGUGCGACUUCUGCAAAGACAUGAAGAAGUUUGGAGGUCCAAACAAAAUCCGGCAGAAGUGUCGGCUCCGUCAGUGUGAGGUCCGAGCUCGGAAGAUGCUUCGAGUCAGAGAUGAGGAGAUUAGUUGCAGCAGCAGGGGGCGUGGCCUGUUGAGGAGAGGGGCAGGGCAUCAUACAGAGGAGGAUGAGGAAGAAGAGGAGGAAGAAGGGUUCAGUGAGAGUGAGCUGGAGCUUUAUGAGCAGUACAAAGCUGCCGGAUACAGAGACCUGGUGUGGCACAGCGAGGAAGAGGAGGAUGCUCAGUCUGACUCUCUGAGGAAGAAGGCUGUGAAGGUGAAACACGUGAAGAGACGAGAAAAGAAACCGGAGAAGAAGAAGUCCGUGUCUGCUCCGAAGGAGGAGGCGAAGCCGCGGCGCCACAAAGUCAAGCAGCGCCACAGAGAGCGUGUACGGCACAGCGAACGAGCAGGAGAGGGCGGACCUAAAGAAGUGGGCGGGGCUACAAGACAGUGUCUGGGACCGAGCUGCAUCCAACCGGCGAGGAACAACUCCAAGUACUGCUCCGAGGACUGUGGCAUGAAACUCGCCGCCAAUCGGAUCUACGAGAUCCUCCCUCAGAGGAUCCAGCAGUGGCAACAGAGUCCCUGCAUUGCCGAGGAGAUGGGUCGGAGGCAGCUGGAGCGAAUCAGAAAGGAGCAGCAGGCCGCCAGGCUCCGCCUCACGCUGAUGGAGAAACGUUUCCAUGAGCUAGAGGGCAUCAUCGCCAACGCCAAGCUGCAACAGGUCCAAGAACACGAGGAGGUGACUGAGGGUGACGGCGACGACACCGACCUCCAGAUCUUCUGUGUUUCCUGCAGUCACCCCGUCAACCCCAAGGUGGCGCUGCGACACAUGGAGAGGUGCUACGCUAAGUACGAGAGUCAGACUUCAUUUGGUUCCAUGUAUCCAACAAGAAUAGAGGGGGCCACCAGGUUGUUCUGUGACGUCUACAACCCUCAGAGUAAGACCUACUGUAAGCGGCUGCAGGUUUUGUGUCCAGAACAUUCCAGAGAUCCGAAGAUCCCGGCAGACGAGGUGUGUGGAUGUCCUCUGGUGAAAGACGUGUUCGAGCCGACCGGAGAAUUCUGCCGCAUCUCCAAGAGGAAAUGCAACAAACAUUACUGCUGGGAGAAGCUGCGGCGGGCCGAGGUGGACCUGGAGAGAGUCCGCGUGUGGUACAAGUUGGACGAGCUGUUCGAGCAGGAGAGGAAUCUCAGGACUGCCAUGACCAAUCGGGCCGGGUUGUUGGCUCUAAUGCUGCACCAGACCAUCCAGCACGACCCGAUCACCACAGACCUGCGGUCCACCAAGGACAGGUAGACCGGUGGAGACGGACACCCAGGUAGAAGGACUCUCUAGGACUCCUGUAGAUGUAGUUUGUAAAUAGAGCCGCAGCAGAGACAGUCGGUCACCACAGAACCAAAACCACUGAAACUGCCUGGUUAGACCUGAACCUGUUUAGACCUGAACCCGGUUAGACCUGGACCUGUCUGUUUCUGAUCCAAAUAAUUCAGAACUUCAGAACCAAAUUAUUUCCUGUGAUCACUGAGAUGAUCUCCGGUUCUGGUUCUGGUUCGGACUCAGGAUCAGGUUUUUCAGACGUUCAGGAGGUCCAGUUUCAGGUUCUGAUUGUUUGGUGGUUUGAUCUAGAGUCAGCUGCUGGUCUGAGGCCAGACUACCCACAACCCCCUGUCCAGUCAAUGACCUUACUGUUGCCAUGGAAACAGGCCCUGAGCCUGGAUGAUAAAACACUACGACCUCGGAGCAACGAAGUAGGAAGUGUUGUUGUUGUUGUUGUUGUUGUUGAUGAUGUUGUUGAUGUUGUGACGUUUUUACUGAAGUUUGAUUAAAACUGAUCAAAUUCC